AAAAAGCCACCACCUCCGCCACCCAGCGAUUCCCGUUUUGUUUUAUGUAGUUCUUUCGGUAUUGAGAGAAGGAUUGGCAUUCAUUCUUUUCCUGUGUCUCAAGGCCCAAACCUACCGCCCAAGCAAAGCAAACACAAGAACUCAUAUGGAUAACCAACCCUAUGAGCUUAUCCUUUCUUCUUCCGCCUCUGCCAAGGAACCACCAACCCUCCUCCUCCAUAACCCCAAUCUGAAUAGCUCACUGAAACUGGGAAAGUCUAGACAUUCAGCAAUAGAGACUGCAGAAAGGAGAAGUUAUGAGUUAUUGCCCUAAAAGCAACCUCUUAAAUCUACUCAAAAGAGGUUCCAAGUUUUUUCGAAAGGCCUCCAACUCUGCUGCUCCCACCGCAGCUCCCACUUCCACACCUGGACAAGCAUCCUCCUCUGCCGCUGCCAUUUCUUCGACUUCGGCCAUGGAUGAUCUCCAUAUCCUCAAAACAAGAUUGUGCAUCAUUGGAAGUGGCCCAGCUGCCCACACUGCUGCCAUAUAUGCAUCACGUGCAGAGUUGAAACCCAUCCUCUUUGAGGGGUGGAUGGCCAAUGGCAUUGCCCCUGGUGGUCAGCUCACCACGACCACUGACGUGGAGAACUUCCCAGGAUUUCCAGUUGGAAUUAAUGGCAUUGAGCUCAUGGACCGCUGCCGCAAGCAGUCACUCCGCUUUGGCACUCAGAUUCUAACCGAGACCGUCAACAAGGUGGAUUUCUCCACCACCCCUUUCAAGGUCUUCACUGAUUCUAAGGCUGUCAUUGCCGAUUCUAUCAUUGUGGCGACUGGUGCUGUCGCAAAGCGGUUAGACUUCCCUGGCUCUGGUGAGGGCCCAGGAGGGUUUUGGAACCGAGGGAUAUCAGCUUGUGCUGUAUGUGAUGGUGCUGCACCCAUUUUCAGGAACAAGCCCUUGGCAGUAAUUGGAGGAGGGGAUUCAGCCAUGGAGGAGGCCACAUUCCUCACCAAGUAUGGGUCCAUUGUGUACAUCAUCCAUAGGAGAGAUACAUUUAGGGCUUCAAAAAUUAUGCAGCAGAGGGCCUUGACUAAUCCUAAGAUUCAAGUUCUAUGGAACUCGGCAGUCGUGGGGGCAUAUGGGGACGAAAACACUAAUAAUAGGGUCUUGGGGGGGUUGAAGGUGAAGAAUGUGCUGAGCGGGGAGGUUUCAGAUCUCAAGGUAUCGGGAUUGUUCUUUGCGAUAGGGCAUGAGCCAGCCACCAAGUUCUUGGAUGGUCAGCUGGAACUUGAUUCUGGUGGCUAUGUUGUCACAAGGCCAGGGACCACCCUGACUAGUGUGCCUGGAGUUUUUGCUGCCGGAGAUGUCCAGGAUAAAAAGUAUAGGCAGGCUGUUACUGCUGCCGGCACUGGUUUGUCAAUAUCCUCUAUCUCUCCCCUUCAUCGUUUAAAUUUUGAUUUUGGAGCUUCUAUGUUUGCAGCACUUCUCUUCUUCAUUUUAUUUGGGAUUAUAUGUUUUGUGUGGGUAAUAAGGUGUAUUUGUUUCUGUUUCUGUUUUUUGCUGGGUCAAAAUUAUGUUUAUCGCAUUGAUAUAAUGCUGAACUUAAUUGCCUGGUUCACUUCUCUUCUCUGUACUGCUUACUCAUGCAUUUUUCAACUAGAAGCUGCUGAUUUACAUGUUUCUUUGUUCUUGAUCAAAUUGCCCACCAGAUAAUAAAGGGGCUGACUGCAAGAACAGAGAAUAUUUAUGCUUUCUAAAUUUGCCAGUGUCUCUAAUUUACUUGUUGCAUUAUGGUAUUUUCUAUGUCCAACACAUCAGUGAAUGUAGUUGCCCUUUACCGAUGAAACUGAUAAUAAACAAAAGGAAAUUUUAAUAUUUAUUUUUUGACUCACUCCUAAUAGCCGUAUAGUUAAGAAGGUUCUAAAAAGUUCUGUUUCUUGUCCAUUCUAUGCUUGUGGAUUUAAAAACAAAAUUAGUCUUACCUUGUGUGACCAUGUACUUUUUUUGUUCUUCAUUAUCAAAAUGAUGAAACUUGUGCUCUAGGGUUGUGAAGAAAUUAAUCUAUUUAUGAUCUGUUUGACAUGAUCAAUCUGUUUGACAUGGCUUGAUCACCAUCUCUCCGUGCAAUUGGAUGACUGUUGAGUCUUGAAUUAAGCGCAUUCUUUUGAGACACUUAGACCAUUUUUGAGCAAACCCAAGCUGAUCUAACUCAGGUUUUAAGAACAUGGAGUAUUCAGAUAUGUGAAUAUUUGGAACUUGAUUUUGUCCCACCCAUUUUUGGACCCCUUAAAAUAAGAUCAAUUGGGUUGUCACUUCAAGGUUGAGCUGGACUCUGGCUUUUUUAUUUGCUUGGUGACCUGAGAUUGAGUGACUUGUAUUUAUGAUUUCUGCGCAAAUAUAAAUUAAGCCUGUGCAUAACUUUAAUCUCACAACUGAAAUUAUCACAAGAUACUUGACUAGGCUUGGAUGGUUUGUCUUUUUAAAUGUGAUUUACAAAAUAAAUAAAUAAACUACAUUGAUUUGGGAAAGCUAAAUUGGGAUGCAUAAGAUUUGACAGUUUCUGUAAUUGACUAUAAGAAUUGAGAUAAUACAAAUAAUUGGCAGUGGUAUAUAAGUAGGUAAAUAACAGUAGGUUGUUGCUUACUAACUCCAAUCUAAGUGAUUCUGCUAUUGGGAAUACAUGUCUUUCUGAAAUGUUCAUUUAGGUCCCAAGAUUUUGGGGAAGAGGGGGGGGAGAGAAAGGCUACUGCUGGUUUCUGUUUCAUUCUCAAUUUUCAGAACAGUCAUAUAGAAAAUUAGAAAUCAUGUAAGCAGUGGUUUUGAUAAAACCAUUGGCCAUGGCUUCUACCAUUGUUGCGAUAACCUGUUUCUGUCACCAAUAUUUGGGUUUUGUUGAACAAUUUAUGUUAUCAUUUUAAAUUUAAAUAAAAAGACCUGUUCCACUUAAGUUAUGGUUUAUUCACAGUAUAUGUAUUAAGGUCUUCUUUAUUUAGUUUACUUGGUUUCUUUAAUGAUGCAGGUUGCAUGGCGGCUUUGGAAGCCGAACAUUACUUGCAAGAGAUUGGAUCUCAAGAGGUUAAAAUUGAUUGAUGAGUAUCUGUUAGGGUACAGCCUAAUGGUUGGAGGCUUAAUAUGAGUUGUAGAUCCAGACAUACUAGGCUCAUCCCCACUAGGAGAGUUUCCCUGGAUUACCUGAUACACAAUUCUGGCAAGUGGGGUCAUGUACCGUUUUAAAAAAUUGUUCAAAAAAGAAGCUAAUUGAUGAACAAUAUUUAAUCAAGAAGGACAAAGAAUUGUCUCCAAAACAAUGACAUUUUACUUUGUCAUUGUUGGAUGCAUAAAUAGAUUUCUACAAUUAUACUGCAUCUGUUUUCAGCUGUAACUUUUCUUGAUUGUUUGGCUUUGGUAAUCUGUAAAUCUUAAACCUUAGCUUUUACCCUUUUGGUGGCUUUUAAAAAUGUUGACUGUAGCAUUUUCUCUUGGAUCUUGGCUACUCUGCUGGUUUCUUGAGAUAUAUUCUGCUUUAACACCA